AUGGGGACAAUGCUCCUGCUUCUUGGACUUCUGGCAGUCUUCGUAAAUCCAUUGCAGGGAGAUGAGUCCUUCCAAUAUGUGAACAAUGGCUACAAUGGAGAGACUGUCUACCAUACUGUUAACAUCAACGAGCAAGUCAAGGUCGCUGUGUUCAAUGUCUAUUCUGGACGAGAAACAUCCAACGCCGUCUUUGAUUACAGCCAGAACAUAGUGGCUUACCACAUGCCUUACAGAGGUGUCUGUGUACUCGCACACAUGGAUAUUAACACUUUCCCUGGACUGGGCCUCUUGGAGGAGCUGAUUCAUACAAAGAGGGAGAAGAAGAAGGAGCUGGAGGAUCUUAAAAAACAUUACUUUGUCACUAACCAGCAAGUAAAUGACCUUGCCCAGUAUGGAAGUGCUGUUCAAGGACUGUGCUGGGGAAUACCAACCUACUGGGCUCGUGAGUACGCUGCUCCACCCCAAAGGCAAGGUGAGGGAGCUCAAGGAUGUGCUGGAAUCCAUUUCCUUUUCAUCCAUGUUGGGCUAUGUGCAGGAUUCCACCUCUUCUAACCUUUUCAGCAUCUGCCAUCAUUCUGCUGCCGUUCACACUCAAUACCUCUCAGCAAUGCAGUGAUGACUUUCCACUUCCCGCAUUUGAUGAGCCACUUGAAACCCA